CUGGGAGUCGUAGGCUCUAGUAGUUUCCUGUGUUUUAUGGCUCCUCGCUAUUAAGGUGACUUUUCACAAAAAAGGAUUGCAUUCUUAUAUAUUUGCCUUGUAACACCCUAAACUGAAGAUUAUAGUUAGAGUUAAGAUGGUGCUCCUGAAUUGGAAGGCACUGGAAAAUUUUCCAUUGCUAAUGUACAUUUUAGCUGCUAAAACAUUAAUUCUUUGCUUAGCAUUUGCUGGGGUAAAAGUAUAUCAAAGGAAAAGACUUGAAGAGAAGCUGAAAAGGGAACAAGUAGAAAAGCAGAAAAGAGAAAUGGAGAAAAAAGAAUACUGAAGAUCUAAAGGUCAUGAUCUUCCAGUCUUUCCUGUUCAAUUGUAGUAGAAGGCUUAUGCCAAGAUCAUCAUCUGGAGGUACACUAUGGGAAAAAUGUCAACUAAAAUAUUUAACUUAGUACAUAAAUCAUGUUGGAACUGGAGCAGCAGAAGAAUAUAUUUGAGUUAGACACAUCUUGACCCAGGAAUUUUAUUUGAAUAAGCUGCACUGCUUGUUUUACUGGGCCUCUUUGGGACAAUCUUGUAAUGAAGGCUGAAACCGCUCCAACUCUCAGCUUUGCAAUUUCAGGAUAUUCUAAAGAACUGGAAAUAAUUGCUUUUAUUAUAUGUGGAGUAUUUGUCCCGCAUCCACAUGCACUUAAUAUACAAACACACACACACACACACAGACACACACACACACACACACACACACACAUUGACCUCAGCCUAUGGGAACAGAACAACUUUGUCCAACCGUUUACCAAAUAUGUGCAAAAUGUGAUUAAUGUGCAAAAAUGUGAUGAUUAACAAAUAUGUAUAAAAUGUGAUUAACACUCUGUUCGACAAGUGGGAACACUAAUUUAUGAUCUGAGAGCUUAGUAAGGCUUCUUUUAUUAUUGUGCUUUUGAUUGGCAUGUUUUAUUAUUUGAUAUAUGAUACUUGCUGCAUGCAGAAUUUGUGUGAAUGGGAAUUUACAAAGGUGAGUUUCAGAGCACGAAACAAUUUGGUUUCCUGGGAAAACAAUGAAAUUAUGAAAUGUUAUAUGGUGCUCUGAACCUCAAAUGGCAUGUGCAUUCGUAAACUGGCUUGAAUGGUACCUUUUAGAAAUUCAAAUGAUUACGUUUCUGGAACUAUUUUAUUUCAAACAUUUCAAAAUAAAAUAAUAUUGUGCUAAAACAUCGCAUCACAAAAUCUGAAGCAACUGUAAGAAACAAAUCUUAAAACCCAAAUAUAAAUUACAUUUUGUAAGUUGAAUUUAAGAAAAAUAUUUGAAUAAAAAUUGAAUAGUAGCAGGCAGAAUUUUGUGUCAGCUUCUUAGAGAAAGGAGAAUGGGAGCUACUUGAAUCUCUUGGACAGCAGAUUGCGUAUCAUGGGAGCCAUUGAAGAUAAGACUACACUUCAUAGAUUAGAUUAGAAUGGCAUCUGGCGUAAAACCUUGUAAAAGUAAGACUAGGGCUGAGCAUUUGCUACCUGUAUAUAAGGUUUUCUCUUUACUUCCUUGGGCUGUGGUGGCACAGUGGUUAGAAUGCAGUACUGCAGGCUACUUCUGACUGCCAGCUGCCAGAAAUUUCGCAGUUCAAAUCUCACUGGCUCACUGGUUGACUCAGCCUUCCAUCCUUCUGAAGUCGGUAAAUGAGGACCCAGAUUGUUGGGGGCAAUAUGCUGACUCUAUAAACCACUUAGAGAGGGCUGUAAGGCACCGUGAAGUGAUAUAUAAGUCUAAGUGCUAUUGCUAUUGCUUCCUAGUGAGACUUACCCUAAUUUUGAAAUCCCUCUAUCAACAAUCAGUUCAGACUUUUGAUAAAAAUGGUCUGUUUUUUUCUUGAUCUUAUUUUCCAACAAGAAAGGAAAGGAAGAAAAAAAAACCCCAGAAAGGAGAAUGGAUUGUGCAAUUCACAUUCCACCCAUUUUGCAUGCAGCUUUCAGAUUAGUUCCAGCACUGUGUGCUUUCAAAUGGUUAAAGACUGCGUACUGCAGUGUAACCUACCAGGUAGGGUAACAGUGUUCUUUGGCUUACAUUAUAAAACUUUGGCACUGUCUUCUGCAAACAAAAUAAAGAACCCGUAUAAAAAGUAGGCUGGGAGGAAGUAGCAAGAAAAGGAAGAGUGAUACCUCAAGUCCCCAUCUUCUUUCCCAAUCCUAAAUUUUGGUGUGCAGAGAAUAGGGUAGGCUGAGAUUUGAACUGUGAAAUUGCAGCCAAGCAGUCAGCUGGACCUUAGGUACAGUAGCAUUAGGAGUUGUAAAGUAAGGGAUUGCAGUAUCACUUAGGAGCCCAUGACAUCAAAGCGAAACUUUUAUUUCGAACUCGCAUGUUGCUUUUUGCAUGAGAAGAUGGAGACUUACUAGCUGCUGCAAAUAGAAUCAUUCUA